UUGCCUGGUGCAGUGUGUGAAGUGGACAUCACUUAGUCAAGUUAAGGCCAGUUUGGUUGAGACUGCACUGGAUGGGUGAACUACAUGUACCAAGGGACACCUGGUUCAACCUUAAUGGCGAGUGGACAUUUGGACACCUUCACCAUUUUGGGGCCACCAGGCUAAUGGAAUGCAGUAUUGUGACUUUGGGGGGAAUCAUAAUACUGUGGCUUGGCAUUCCUGUGCAGACAUUCCUCUUCAACAGCUCACUUUUUGACGCUUAGCACCCUUAUCACCUGGGGUUGCAGGGAAGUUGAUAGAUUUGAUAUGUUCCCAGUUUUAGGCUGGUUCUUCAAGCGAAGUCCAGCGCCAGCUUGGCCGAGAGGUGCCGGGAGUUGGUGGGUUUUGGUGGGCUCCUGGAACAUACUCAUGGGGUGUGAUGGAUGGCUGACUACUGCUCUGCUGGGGAGUCACUGGAAGACGCCAGUGAAUUUGGUCUAUUUCGGUUUUGAGUAUUUGGGGGCGUUCGUGCCUUAGCCGUUUGACUUUGACUUAAUUUGGCUACCCACUGGAUGCCUGACGUAUGUCAUCUGGGGCCACUGGCUGUCGAUUGACAGUCUUCCAGUUGGCUCUCUGCGUGGGGUGGGCACUGGCCCUUGUCUCCCCGGGGGACACCUGUGUCACCAAGCACCUGCAGUGCAGUGCACUUAUCUGCUGUAAGGGCUUAUCAGUAGAAUAUAAGUAAAUACAAUAUGUUCCAGCGAAUGUUUGGUCGUCGAAGAUCUCCAGUUACAGUACAGUCUCCUGCUGAUCCAGGAAUUGAAGCUGCUGAAGAAAAAGCUGAAAUUGUUAACAGUGAUGGCUUUAUAGUUGUAGAUAACACCAGUAUUAGUUCCAUAUAUGAUCCCCCACCAGGAUACACUGUAGGGGGUGCCAAUGCCUUUCUUCCAUAUGGUAUAGAUCCAAAAGCAAGUGAAAGCAGUUUACAGAGAUCUACAAGUGUUGAAGUUCAGAGUGCCAUUGAUGGGAUCCCUUUUAAGCUGGGGCCAAAAGUCCUCCUGGAGGGACACGUGCAAUCACAUGACAUUAGCUUUGUCACACACAUGUUAUCAAAAAUAAAUUCCUUCAACUUGGAUGACUAUGAAUAUAACUUUGAACUAGAGAGGAGUAUUUUACAAGAAUUUAAUAGUACUGAACAGGCAGGUUAAGAAUAAACAAUUGAAUCUAAAUGUUGUUGCAUAUUUUAUUGCCAGACUGAGCUUGUUGCUUAUUAACUGGUAAAAGAUCAGUUUCUGUAACUAGUCUGACACAGCAUUUUAGUUUUUGUUUGCAAUGUUAUACAAUUUUAUGUAUAUGUAUAUAUAUAUAUACACUGUAUAGUUGAUCAUGAAAUAUUUGAGAAUAGUCAUUGUGUAAAAAUAGAUAUUUAUUUUAAAAUAUGGUAAAGAGCAUUAACAAAUUAUAUUGUAUUGUGAUUAAGGAUUUUACUAUUUUCUGUUUAUAACAAAAAUAUUUGUACUGUAGAUAGAUAUCAUGUGUACUGCAUUGAUUAUACUCAGCUCAAAAGCUACACUUCUUUUUAUACAUAAAAAUUUAUAUUGACUGUAAUCUUAAUUAUAUACUGUAUCAACAAGGUUGUAAAUAAAGUUAUGAUUGUAGGCUUGUGGCUCUGCAUUAUUUGUUUAGUCUUUUGGGAAGUGCUUAGAUUGCAUCGCUGUUUUCUGUCAAGAAGUACGCUUGUCACAUAAAAAUAUAAUUGCUCCUUCCACUGAUAUGUCACAGAAAUACUGUAGGCUUACUAACAAUAUAAAUAUACUGUCAAGAUCACCAUAUAAAUUAUUUCACCAACCUUAUAGUUUCCACCGAGUUAUAAUGAAUGCCUGAGGAUGAGCUUGUGAUGCAUGUAUAUUUCUUGAUAUUUUUUUAAUUUGUACUGAAAGUUGUAAAAUAUAUUAUAUUGGAUAAAUCAC